AUCACCCCUUUACCUUUUAUGGACACCACCUCUUUCACCCCGUAGCACGAGGAGAAAGAUGUCCAGAAGUUAACAACGAAGUUAGCUGAUCCAGAGACGGAAUCCCUUCCAUUCCCAAAGAUGACAUUAUUCCUUAACUGCAGAUGCGACCAUGGCGACCGCGGGGUUCCUACAGUCAUCGCCGCUGCCCCAUCAUUUCCCGCAUCCAGCGCGGGCCGCCAGCGCGGCCGUUUUGGUCGUCGAAUCGAUGGAAUUCCGUCUGCGUAGGCCACCCAGGCUUCCCGUGUGCGCCCGCCCUCCACCUCGACGCCGGGAUGCCUCGAGCUCAUGGCAGGCGCCGCCGGCAGUCCACCUGGUGAGCAACGAGAGACGAGGAUGGAUCGCUGGCCCCGCGGCGUCGCACACCCAUGGAGGGAGUUGAGGGAGAUGCUGUCCGCUGGCGUCGGUGGUCGAGCCAUCCGUGCUUGCAUCCAACUCGUGACGCCAGCGUUUGCCAAGUCUGGUGUGCAGCAUCGACUUUGCCUCAUAUGCCAUCCAGGUUCAGCACCCUUUCAUCCUCUAUUUUCUUCAUUUUGUUCCAUCGGAUUCACCCCAUGUAAAUUCCACGGAUGCAGCCUGAAUUGUAUGACUGUUUAGGCUAUUUUUCCAUUCCCUCUGUUUUUGAAAGAUGCAACAACAAAAAACAUCAACAUACAUGCGAAUGUUGUGUUUUCUUGUAUGGAUGCAGGCACAUUUGCCAUCCUACCAACCAUCUAGGAACAUACUCCCUCCAUUCCCUUAUACAAGGCCACAAACUCAAAUUACAGAUACUCCCUCCAUUUUUGUUUAAAGGGCGCAGCUCCAAAGUCUCUGGGACCAAGGUGCCUAGCAAUUGGACGAAAAUCUGGACGUGGGACGUGAAAUUAGCAUCGGGAGUUACGGUUCUGCGCCUAACUAAUCGCGUUAAAAACGCUUAGUAACCCCCACGGCCAAUCAGCGAGCCAUCUCCUCGCAUGCACUGGUGGAGCCAAUUCCAGCCGCGAUUUCCUCUCUUUCUCCUUCUCCCGCACUCGUUCCUUUCUCCCCGCUCAGUUUCCAUAAAAAACGCGAGUGAAAAUUUCAUCUCCGAUCGAAAACUCGCGCCGAUCUUCCCCGCUGCCAAAUUGUAAACGAAAUUUUCACCGAUCAAUAGUUCCAGCCGAUCUUCCCGCCGGUGCUCUCUUUAUAUAUGUGUGCAGAUGGAGGCACACGAACAGACAUCGGUCUGCAUCUCUCCUCCAUCUCACUCCAAUGGCGCCGCCACAGCCAGGGGGAUCAGAUCGCCGGCCUCCUCCUCUUGGCCUCCGUGGGCUUUCGCGGGUGGCUUUCCAACCUAGAUCGCCGCCACCAGGAGCAGUUCCUCCUCCUCCUCCUCUUGGUCUCACUGGACGCGCGUUGAUGCCAGCUUUCUCCAUUGGCACCGCUCGCUCGGAGCCGCAUCCUCCUCCAACGACAUUGCCUCGACAGCGCGUCGGCCUCGCACGCCCAUCUCGUCCUCCGGCACCUAACGAGGCCGGUUCCUCGAACUGGAGUGUCUCCAUUGGCGGAGCCGUGGCAGGUAGCGGAGAGAUGGUAAGAUCUUCGUUCGUGGGGUUUAGCCUCGUCAAUGGUGGCGGCGGGAUCUCGUUCGGCAGUGGCGGCAGUGAGUCCAUGGGCUUCACUUUCAGUUCCGGCGCCGGUGGCAUACGGAUCAGAGAUGGAUCCUCCCGUGCUGCCACCAUAGAAGGAACUGGGUUCGGCCUUGCUGGACAGAAUGGGCAGGAGAUGACCAACGGAGACACUCCAACAAUUGGCUACCGAGGGGUUGGAUACAACCCAAAUUUUGCCCAUGCCGACGAAUACCCUCCUAGUCAAGAGCAUGUUCAAAUCCAAAAAGAACCUAUCGAUUUGAAUGUUAUGUCGAACAAGGAGACAAGAACGCACUACCGUACAGAUGAUAAGCGACACAUAUAUUCUGAGAUCCUUGCCCGUAAUGGUGGGGGUAAUAGGUUGAAGCAUGGAGUUUCUAAAGCUGUUGCACUAGCUUGUGAAUGUCCAAGGAGAAUAGUGCAAAGGGUAUGGCAGCAGGCUAAAAAUGGUGGAGGCAUUACAGGGGUAAAAAACAAUCGGAAGCUCAAAUCAGGAAGGAAAAAGAUAAAUUUAAACAUAGAUGCAUUGGAGGCCAUCCCACCUGGAGAGAGAACAACAUUAGAACAAGUUGCUGGACAUCUAAACUUGUCAACUACCACUGUUUGGAGGAGGUUGAAGAUGAAGGAAAUUUGACGAAUAACAAGUGAAUUGAAGCCCGCCUUGACUGAUGCAAACCAAAGGGCUCGUCUGGAGUAUGCUCUUAUGCAUCUUGAACCAUGUAGCAUAACAUCCCUAGGUGGUAUUAAUCCCACAUUUAGGGCUGAUAUGGAUGUGGUUCAUAUAGAUGAGAAAUGGUUUUAUCGCACGCGGAAGACCCAGAACAUGUAUUUGAGUCAUAGAGAGGAGGCACCACACCGGGAAUGUAAAAAUAAAAGCCACAUUCCGAAAAUUAUGUUCUUGUCCGCAAUGGCUAGACCAAGGUAUGAUGCUCAAGGCAAUUGUGUGUUUGAUGGCAAGAUAGGGGUUUGGGCUUACACAGAGUGGGUGCAAGCUAAAAAGAGAAGUCAGAAUAGGUUGAGGGGGGCAUGGGAGUUGAAGCCUGCAGAUACAGUGGACAGGGAGAAAAGUCGGGAGUACUUAGUGAAAUACGUACUGCCGGCUAUAAAGGAGAAGUGGCCUGAGAGCGAUAGAUGGAAUACCAUCUACGUACAGCAGGACAAUGCUAAGACUCAUAUAAAACCAGAUGAUCCACUUUUUUUGCAGGAAGCUGCUAGGGGUGGUUGGGAUAUUAGGAUGAUAUACCAACCACCUAAUUCUCCUGACACAAACAUAUUAGAUCUUGGUUGGUUUGCCUCAAUUCAAGCAAUGUUUCAUAGAAAGAUGCCCAAGACCCUACUCGAGAUUGUCCAAAAGGUUAAUCAAUCCCUAGCUGAGUACCCCCAUCAAAGGCUCAAUAGGAUCUGGUUGAGUCAUCAAGCGUGCAUGAGAGAGAUCAUCAAGCACAAGGGGUCUAUCCACUAUGCUGUUCCUCACUUGAAGAAAAAAGCACUAGAGAGACAAGGUCUUCUCCAGGUUCGUUUGACGAUUGACAGAGAAUAUGUCGAGCAGGCAAUUCAGUACUUGAACUCAACAUGAGUUGUAACAUUAGCAUUGACAGAGAAUACUGUCUUUGAAAGUUUGUUUACAAUGCAAUAUUGGGACUGUCUUUUGCACUUUGACAGUGAUAACUUUGAU